CGGGGGGAGGGCGGGGGCUGCGGAGGGACCGGGGCUGCGGGGGCAGCAGGUGGCGAGGAGCCCCGCUGUACCGCGUCCCCGCCGCCCUGCUGCCGGCUCGCCUCUGUGCGCUGGUGUCUUCUGAUGUCUUCGGUCCAGACUUUCCCCUCAUGGCUCUGAUCUCCUUUGUCGCCCCCUCAACACCCAGCCUGGGACACUCGGCCUCUCCGUCGGGAGCAGAGAUGCUCGCUUUCCUCCUGGCAGGCUGUGCCAGCCACGUGCCGUCGCCUCGGAGUGUUUUCCAGCCGUGUGUCCCUGCCUCGCUGGGUCACUGAGCUCUCCGUAGUCUGUGAAAACCCCCCCUGCUUCAGCGGGAUCCUUCAGCUCUGCUGACUCUUUGGCUUCCUGGUCUUUGCCCACCCUGUUCCUUGACCACAUCUGUUCAGACCUUGCUCUUAACAGUUCUCAACCCCUCGGAGGCUUCGAGAAGAGCGGACAGCGUCACGUGGAGGUACAGGCGAGCUUGUCCUUGUUCAGGAGGAUACGGGCUGCGGCAGGAUCGGUUCGGGAGCCAUGGGCCGUCGGCUCCUCCGCGGUGUCUCUGGAGCCGCAGUCUUCCUUGCCAGUGUGGCUCUUCUCUCCAUGCGGCUCCACGGGGCUCGGGAAGCGUCUCAGUACCCCGGGGUCGGGGAGGGGAUGUUGGAGAAGCCAGAGCAGCAGAGCGAAGGGAGCCCUGAGGGAGCUGGUGGCAGGGGGCAGAAGGACCUCGGACUUCAUCCUCCGGAGGGAUAUAGGAGUGAGGGAGGCCUGACGCUUGGGGACAUUUUCAUAGCUGUGAAGACAACCAAGAGGUUUCACCAGAGCAGGAUGGAGCUGCUCCUGGACACGUGGAUAUCCCAGGCCAGUGAACAGACCUACAUCUUCACUGAUGAAGAAGAUGGUUCCUUGAAAAGGAGAAUGGGUGGCCAUGUGAUCUUCACCAACUGCUCUGCCGAGCACAGCCACCUGGCCCUGUCCUGCAAGAUGGCUGCAGAGUUCGACGCCUUCCUGGCCAGCGGCCUGAGCUGGUUUUGCCACUUGGAUGAUGACAACUACCUGAACCCUUGGGCACUCCUGAAGCUCUUGUCCUCCUACGCGGAGACACGGGAUAUUUACCUGGGCAAACCCAGCCUGAACCGACCCAUCUGGGCCUCCGAAACGCUGCCAAACAACCAGACGAAAUCCGUGCGCUUCUGGUUUGCCACGGGAGGGGCCGGGUUCUGCAUCAGCCGCAAGCUGGCAAGGAAGAUGGUGCCCUGGGCCAGUGGCAGGAACUUCCUGAGCACUUCAGAGCUCAUCCGCCUGCCGGAUGACUGCACCGUGGGUUACAUCAUCGAGUGCAAAGUCGGUGGGCAGCUGAUUCCCAAUGCACUCUUCCACUCCCACCUGGAGAACCUGCAGCUCAUCCCCACCUCUCAGCUCAUGCAGCAGGUCACCCUCAGCUAUGGUGUGUUUGAGGACAAACUCAAUGUCAUUGAGCUCAGCGGCCCCUUCUCGCCCCAGGAGGAUCCCUCAAGCAGGUUUCGAUCCCUCCACUGCCACCUCUAUCCCAACACCUCCUGGUGCCUGCAGGCUGUUGGCUGGUGAUGCCUGAGGCUCAGCUGCAGCGGGUCCAGGUGACACCAGUUCACCUGUAGGGAGUGGGACACUGAAGAAGCUUGGUGCUCCCAAUUUCACCUUCAUCCUGCUGGUCUUGGCGCUCUGUGGUGGCUUUCUUGGGCCUCGCUCAAUACUGGUGACACAGGACAAGAGACAAGGUCUGAUCCAAAGAUGGAUAGGAUGGGCUGGACACAUGAAUGAGCUUCUCAUUUGAGCUGGGAUAUGUGCAAGGGAUGGGAGCAGUAUGCCUUCCGAGCAGAUCAAGGAUGGGACAGUGACUGCUGGGCAUCUGGGCAGAGAUGAGGACUUGCUGCUGCUGGUCUGUGCCCUGGCUGCAUCUUGCUGGACUAGAAGGGCCCUGUGUGUGCAUACCUGGUGCCCAGCUCCUGGUGGGUGGCAGCAUGUUGUAGCUCCAGGCUCUCUGAGCAGGCCCUCUUCCUCCAUACUGGUGCUUUCCCUACUGCCCACACAUUGCAGCCACAGACCUGCUGAGUCUCUGCAUAGUCAAAGUCUGUAGAAAUGCAAAAUGUGACCAUUUUUGGGCUGAAUGAAUCUGGAAAAGCAUAGUCCUUACUCAGCAGAGGGGGGAUGGGCAGGAAGUACAAAGAAUCAGGAAUUCCCUGCUCUGCUGGGACAAAAGAGAGGACAUAGAGCAAGGGAGCCAGGGGGAAACUGAGUGAGAUGGGGAUGGUUCCCACAUUGAAUGUUGAAGGUUUGUUCUUGUAUGGUGCUGCAUUAUUCGUCUUCUUUUACCUUCUUGAUGUGGGGUCACGAUAAUCUCUUGCUCUAAUUACCAACCUGUCAUCUGAGAUUAGAGUCCAGCUCCUAUCAGUGAGAAGAGACAUAAAGGAUUAGAGCUGGCUGAAAGAGAGGAGGAAGGAAGAGAUGGAGAAGGAGCGCUCAGGAGCGGAUUAGAGGUUACAGCUUUAUAAUCUUUUCUGUCCCCAACCAAAAAAAUUAAGUCAUGAGGGAAUGGAAACAGCAAGGCAAAGAGCUUUUUAUCUCUGUGGGGCUUCCCUCCAGGUGCCAGUAGCAGCUUUCUGCCUUCCUGCUCUCCCUGCUGAGUGUAACAGGAGGAAGGAGUGGACCCAAGUAGGUUACAGGCUCUGGCAUAUUUGUGAAGGGUCCUUUUCUCAAUACAGUGCCCGGUGUGAAAGCUGGGCAAUGGUCCUUGUUGGGGAAUGAACUUUGGCAUCAUUUUGUCCUUGCACAAACAGUUAAGUGGCUGGGGGAGGGUUUUGCAGGGAAACCUGGAAGGCAGAGAGGCUGUUUUAAAUGGCAGGUGGUGCCACAAACAGGUAUUUUUCUUUAAAGAGUAUUUCAAAACAGACUGCUGGGAUCUGUGAGAGAUCCUGUAAUCUCCAAAUGAAAGGACAAAUGCCCUUUCUCUAAAGAGCUGCUCAGCUUUGAUGAUGCUGAUGUGACUAAGCCUGCUGCUGGUGGGCUGGAAGAGCCAAAGGCAACUGUCUCUGUGGCUUUGCCAUUUUGAAAACUGGCCACUCUGUCACCUCCUUCCACCCCCAAGCACCAGCAUCUCCUACACAGUGCACACAAAGUUAAAAGGAAAGGCGUCAGAAAGACCUUCCACCUCUGCGAAGUGGGAUCUAGAAAGGAACGAGCAUUUUAAUUUCUGGAAAAAUCAGAAGGCAGGAGCCUGCAGAGCUGUUUUCCAACCUGGUCAUUCUUACUGGCAUUUAGUCAGCUUGUGUUGCAGCACACAGCCUUGCUUUCUUCUGUUGCAGGCCUUUGAAGUAGAAGUUCACUCUGAGCAGGCAUAGGAGCGAGCUGAUGCCAGUUACCAUUCCUUGAGUUGUGGAAAGCCCUUGGCUCACACGGCUAUGCCAGCCAAGAAUUCAUGUGGCACAAAACAGGGACCCAGCUAUUGGAAGAGGGAUGCAGCACCAAGAAGUCCUGCCCCACAGGACUAGUGGUUUGGGUACAACCAGAAGAUGAAAUACGGUUUUGUGAGAAGGAAUGAGUCUUCAAGAGAAACCUACACUACUUGGAUAUAUCAUUUUUCCCCAUUCAGAUUUUCAGCUGAUGUUAAUAGAGACUUUGAGUUAAAAAGAUGGACCUGGCUAUAGAUGUCCUGGUGACAAUCCGAGCAAAAUGCGAUUCAUGUGAGGAAACUGGUACAGCAGCUUCACUUCCCUGGGGUAAAAGCAAAGCAGAGAAACUGAAAGCUUGCUUUGGAUCCUGGCUUCAGCUGGUCUGAAUUGACCUGGUGCCUUUUGCAUGGUUGAAGAUCAGAUGUUUAACGGGUUGAAUCCUUGAGUGGCUGCAUGGGGACCCGUUUAAGGCUGGGUUUCGUUGCUGGAGCAGUUAAGUGCCACUUUUGUGGAAAAUGUCUUGUCUCAUAAGGAAACAGAACAGAUGAGAAGAUGUCAGGGGCAGGGCAUCUCUUGGGCUGUAGAGAAAUGAAUGACAGAAAAGUCCUGCUAUGCUGUGACGACAAUAGACUGGAAAGAAAAUAGCUUCUGAGUCGACAAAAGAAACCAGCUUUUCUCUAAGAACAGAGAGACAGCUUAAUGGGGCGCUCACCGCAUGAAAUCUGAUCAACGUUAAAACAUGAGUUAAAAUUAGUUUCAGGAAUGGUUCCUGCCCCUGGGGCUUGCUGUCAGAUAUUGUGGUUUUACAGUCUCAUUUUCCUAGUUUAUUAAAAUGUUUAGCUGCUUGGGAAAAUGAGAAACAAUCUCAUGUGAAACUUUUCAGGGGGCUGUCUUCUUUUAUUCUCUUUCUCUUAAUGUAACAAAGAUUUUGGAAAGGUUCCACUGGGUCUAUUAAAUUUGUAUUUUCUUCUUUUUCUUUUUUUUUUUUUUAAUAAUCUCCACCUUUCUCUAGCUCACACUUCCUUUUCUCAUUGCAGGGGAAAAAACCAAAAAACUCUCCCAAGAACUAAAAGGAA